AUGCUAAACCAAGUAGACGAGUAUCCAAACGCGACUUCUGUGGUUCCAAACAUUGAUAGUUAUUCAGACUCCUAUGUGUCUGAGUUGGAUUGGAGCCAAACCUCUAUGCAACCCAUAUGGAGCACUGGAAAUUGUUUGCAGCAUACAGUAGCAGAUGCGUCUUAUCUCCUUCCAUGGGAAACUUCCAGUUUCGCACAGUUCGACAACAAGCAUGUCAAUGUGAAUCAUACCCUACAACGUUGCAAUUCCCUAUAUAUCAAUCAACAAGUAAGUGAUGAGCGCGACGUCUGUGCGGAUUCGGAACAGUUACCAAUUUAUGAUCUAGACCAAGAGUACCCAUUGAUUCAGCGUGAACGACAGCAAGAUCCAGUGUAUCCAGAGGCGCGGUCUGCCGAGUGCAGUGCAUCAACAGACGAAUUGUCUGAAUGGGAGCAAGCAGAGCAACAUUCGCAAGAACUGUGUCAGUUUGGUUGCAUGCAGCUUAUUCAAGAAUGUCUGUUUACAGAUUCCCUGGUUCAGGAUCAGUUUUCGACUGUGACUCUGCCUCCAGUUUACAAUGUGCUUAAUCUUCCCCACUCAGACUUUGACAAUACCUUCCGUUUGUCAUCCACUUUGGCUCAGAGUUGUGAACCUGUAAACGUUUGUCCCAUAGUUUCAUCUGCUUGCAAAAUAUUGGCGCCGAUAAAGUCAAGUGGCAGAGUUGAGCGCAUCAAGAGACCGAUGAAUGCAUUCAUGGUCUGGUCAAGAGUGCAACGUAAGCGGUUAUCCGUGGAGAACCCGGGGAUGCACAAUUCGGAAAUUAGCAAGCAACUUGGUUCGAUUUGGAAAGCUCUCGCUGAAUCAGACAAAACUCCAUUCAGAAAUGAGGCUCACCGUUUGAGGGAUCGUCACAUGGAGAAGUAUCCGGACUACAGGUACCGUCCUCGCCGAAAGGAGCAUACACUGGUAAAGAACAAAGCUCAGAAAUUACCGAAGCAGAUUACAUGUGAAAAGGUGAAAUAUAAUCUAACGCUAACCGAUGAAUGUAACGCACAUAUGAGUACGACACUUGGAAAGAUCUCGAGUACAUUUACUCCGACAGAGGGUGAUACUUUAAUGCCAGAUGGGAUGUGCAUUAUCGGAAAACAUUGGUCCGGGUACGCUCGUGAUGAUGCAAAUAUAUUUCAACCUGGCAUGAACCGAAGAUUGUACCAAUCACUCAAUGAAGAACAUGACAUUGCAGUAUAUGCUACGCGUUCAACGUCCAAUGAGACCUAUGGAAUUGAUAUAAACACAGUUGAACACGUUUCACCGCAUUAUCCUGGCUUCUUGGAUAGGCUAAGAGAAAAUCAGGAAGCAACAUCGACGCAGAUGGAAUCCAUGAGUGAUUCUUCUCUGCAGCUAUCUUCAGCUGUACAUGAAUGGUUACCGAUGGCAAUUAUUCCUCCUGAAAUCAGCAUGGACUUUGAAUAG